UGUUCUAUUGUUUGGUAUAUAAACUUGAUGUAUAGAGGUAGGUCGAAACACUUUUAUAUGAUGUUGUUGCCUAUCAAAGGUUGAGAUUUAUCUAUGCUUGAGUCUUCCAGUCUGGUUUUCGUUGACAACACACAAUAUCGCUGAAGAGCGGAGAACGAAGAAGCUAUCUUUUAGAUCCCAUCAGAUUGGCAAGUGGAAACUGAAAACUCAUACAUGUUCUCAAAUAUGAAAGAAAAUUGUUCCUUGAACUGCUCAGAUGUGAGAGAUACAGCGUCGAACAACGGUCUAUGUCGUCGCUACACUGCAUUUGUAAAUGAAGACAUUCCGCGCUUGUUCAUCAUCCUUAAUUCCACCGUGAACAUCAUUUUAAUGAUAGUAUCGAUCUUGGCAAACAGCUUGGUGAUAGCAGCGGUGUGGAAAACGCCAUCCUUACGCUACCCUUCAAUUUUAUUUCUUUGUGGUCUCUCACUAUCUGAUGUUUUUGUUGGUUUGAUCGUGGAGCCAUUUUACGUCACCGUGGAACUGUUAAAAAUUCAUGGUUAUCCAAAAGGAGAUAAUUGUAGACUGGAAACGGGAUUUUUAGUACUUUCAUUCGUAUUUUGCGGGGUUUCGUUUGGAAACGUAACCCUUACAAGCAUGGAUAGAUACCUGGCAAUUCACUAUCCUCUAAGAUAUGAUACAAUUGUUACAAUCCCACGGGUAUACAUUCUCAUAAUUUCGUGUUGGGUUCUCAGUACUUUUUGUUCUGGUCUCUUGCUCUGGAAUAGAGUCAUUUUUGUAUUCCUGGUGACAGUUUCUUGUGCAGUGUUCCUGAUGAUGUCAACAGUCAUUCAUGUCAAGAUCUACCGAAUCGUCCGCCACCAUAGAAGCGUCAUCCAAGCUCAAGAACAGGCAAUCCACUCGACAAACGCGGAGUUGAAUAUGGCGCGUUUUAAAAAAUCUGCCAUAAACACGUUCCUUGUGUACUAUUUCCUAAUGCUAUGUUACUUGCCCUUCGCUGUAGCUUGCAGUUUACUCAUUUUGACAGACGAAAAAACCGAUUCACCUAUCCUUUGGAGAGUGGCCACCACAACAGUGUAUGUAAACUCAGCACUCAAUCCUUUUCUUUAUUGUUGGCGACUCCCAGCUAUGAGAGGUCCUGUUUUAUCGUUGUUUAAAAAGAUUUUCUGCACUUUAAAAACCUCUUCAUCAUGAAUUCAACUGUGAUGCUUUAUCUCAGUUUAAUUUGAAGAGAUAGUAGGAAGAGGGUCAAACAGAAAUUUUUUUGCAACUUCACGACUCGUAGGUUUUUUUUAACGUUCAAAGAUGGAAAAGGAGAACGAUUUCUUUGGAGCUCCGAUCUCUCUCUAUCGAUCCAACAAUUACCUUUCGAUCAGUAUUUUGGAUGCUUUAAAACUGAGAAAUUUAAACCCCGUAGUCUUCUGACCUUUCAUCGCGUCGAAUACAAACAUUGUACAGUUGAUUUGAUGCUCUCAGGCACCGAUGGGAACUAAAAAUAUUGCAAGCUUUACUUGCAUCAAUCGCCGGCCACUACAAAUUUCAGACUAAUGCUUUGUAAAAACGAGUGAAAUAUACCUCAAAUUUUCAUCAAAAGUCUUUUAUUCCUAAACGUCACUCAUUCAGUCCUACGAAAUAAAGGUUCCCAAACACAAAUGUUAAUUGCUUUCACUGAUGACUCAACUUGUCUUUUUUACGUCGAAAUUUGACG